GCCGAACUGAGUCUCCAUAACAAGCCAGGAGACUGUUGGGUGAGCAUUCACGGACACGUUUACGAUGUGACCGAAUUCUUAGAAUCUCAUCCGGGUGGUGCAGACAAGUUGCUAAGGUUUGCGGGAAAAGAUGCCACGCGCAGUUUUAGAUUGCAGCAUCUGGAAGGACACCUUGAGCGUUAUCUUGGUGAAGAGGCGUACCGCGGAGAGCUCCUUGUUCCUAAGAAGGAAAAGGCGACCAAGAAAGCCAGAGAGAAAAAAGAAAAAAAACACGAAAGCCUGGACAAAUACACUGUGGAAGACAAACCUGCUUUGGAUCAGAUUUUUUCGAUGAACGAUUUCGAGUAUGUAGCCCAAAAGACCCUACCUGAUCUCGUGUACACCUAUCUUCAAACUGGUUCAGACAACGAGUUUUCACGUUACGAGGACAGGGCAGCUUUGUGCAGGAUUUUUUUUCGUCCAAAAUGUCUAGUUGAUGUCAGAGAGCUUGAGUUGACCUCGCAGGUGCUUGGAGCUAAAGCAGCCAUGCCCUUUUUGGUGGGUGCAUUCCCCGGCUCAGGUUUGAUUCAACCCAACGGUGAGACUGUUGUGGUUCGACCUGCCGGCGAAAGGAGCAUUCUGCAGAUUAUUCCGAAAGAUAGCGACACAAGUCUUGAAGAAAUCAUGAAGGUGAGCCAGGGGAGGGACGUUUUCUACCAGUACUCGAUUGACAGCAGGGAGGAGCUUCAUGAGAGUGCUGGUGUGCUCAACGAGCUGAAGACGAGGUUUCCGAACAUACGGGGCUUCUUUAUUGAUGUGGAGAGCCCCACCGCUGGGAACCUGGAGCACUACAAGAAGGUCGAGGCCAGCCGGCAUCAGACAGAGGAGUAUCCUGCACCGCAGCUGCGGCCAAAGAGUGAGACGGAAGACUUCAGACUGUGCUGGGCGGAUCUACAGAAGCUGAAGCGGGAGGUGGAUGCUCCCAUUGUGCUAAAGGGCAUCCAGCGCAGCGAGGACGUUGUCAGGAGCCGUGAGCUUGGGUUCCGGGGGGUGUUGAUUUCGAACCACGAGGGGAAGCAGCUGGACCAGGGCCAGUCUGCGAUCGAGAUCUUGCACGCUGCCCGGAGACGACUUGGAGAGACGUCGGACUUCGACGUCUUUGUGGAGGGCGGGUUCCGGCGUGGCUCGGACCUUGUGAAGGCGCUGUGUCUGGGUGGGACGCCUGUUGUGUCGAAGCCCAUUCUCUUCAGCGAGGUGUACGGCGAGGCUGGGGUGGAGAAGGCGCUGGACAUCCUGAGCCGGGAGGUGGCGACGACGAUGCAGCUCAUAGGGGCCAAGUCUGUCUCCGAGCUCAGUGCCGAGUUUGUCGACUGCGAGAGCCUAGCUUUCAAGGCGACGGCGAUCCGGAACCUCGACGCCAUGUACGACGCCAACUACACGGAGAUGUCUGUGCCGCCGUUCGAGAACCAGGCCAGCUUG